AUGGGGUGCCAUUACAAGGGGCUCAACAUGGACCUUUUCAAAGCAACGCUCCUAAUAGGAGCCUUCAUCAGCACCGUGGGGGGCACGGAGGUGGAGGGCUACUCCAAAACCGAAGGGGCCUGGGUCAUUUCCCUGAACAAACGGCAGUACAUGGUGACCAACGCGGCCGAGUGCGCCGAGAAAUGCAACACAGAAACCUCCUUCACCUGCAAGUCCUUCAUGUACGUGGAGAAGGAUCAGGAGUGCUGGACGGCCGCCUCCAACUCCAAAACGGAGGAUAUCCUGCGGAGACGCAGCUCAGCUUUGUACGACAAAAACGAAUAUCUCCGGGAGUGCGUAAACGGGAUAGGAACAGAUUACAGAGGAACAAAGUCCAGAACGAAAACGGGAAAGGGGUGUCAGAGAUGGGAGGCAAGGUUCCCCCACAAGCCCAACAUCACGCCGCAGAGCCACCCCCGGGCCGACCUGGAGUCCAACUACUGCCGGAACCCGGACGCGGACCGGGGCGGGCCCUGGUGCUACACCACCGACCCCGACACCCGCUGGGAGCACUGCAACCUGCCCAGCUGCACCGGUCGGCCCGGGGGUGGCUCUGCGGCGUGA